AUGUCCGAAGUUAAAAAUUCCUUCAAACCCAUGGAGUCAAAACCCAAACCCAUUCUUAUCAUUGGGGCAGGAUUAGCAGGUCUCGCUCUUGCCUUAUCUUUGCAAAAAUUAUCAAUCCCAUGCACAGUAUAUGAGGCUCGUCCCAAGGACGUCCGCCUCGGUGGAGCCGUAAUGUUGUCGCCAAACGCACUCCGAGUUCUCGAUACUCUUGGAGCAUAUGCCCGCAUCAAAAGCAAAGGCUACCAGUUCGAAACCCUCAGCAUGGAAACUGAUGAACGUAUACCCAUGGGGACCUACUAUUUUGGCUCAGAGCAGAUGUACGGCUACAAAGGUCUUCGCAUUUAUAGGAGGGAGCUUGUCCACGAGCUCAUAGCCAUGGCGGAGGAGGCUGGCGUCCACAUGGAAUUCGAAAAAAAAUACAAGCGCGUCAUUUCCGAAAGCGAAGAUAAUAUCGAGGUCGAAUUUGAUGAUGGCACGAUUAUUGACGCUGCCAUGCUCAUCGGCACAGAUGGCAUCCACUCUCAGGUCCGCGAGUACCUUGCCCCAGGUUCCAAGCCCAAAUAUCUCGGGCAAACCGCCAUUGCUGGGGCAGUGAAGACUUCCAAUGUCUCCCUACCAGCUGACUAUAAGCUCCCAGUUUCCAUAGCCGGUAAAGCAGGUGUCUUCAUACUGGCGCCUCAAGAUAUCGAUGGCUCGGAGCUGUUGGCAGGGACUCAGUAUGCGGUCCCGGAACUCACCUAUGCCGAGAGCCGUGCCAUUUCGUCGAAUCCGGAGAAAAUGAUCGAGAUGCUCCGCCGCGAUAAGGCUGACUGGUCGGAGCUCGUUCAGUCGGCGAUGGAGAACAUGAUCCCUCAAAGCAUGUACAUCUGGCCGUUCUAUGCAGUGCCUAAGAUCGAAAGCUGGGUGAGCACGCACAGCAAAGUUGUGAUCAUCGGGGAUGCAGCACAUGCUAUUCCACCUACGAUUGGGCAAGGGGCAAAUCAGGCGCUGGAGGAGGCGCUCGGAUUAUCGAUUUUGCUGGGGAAGGGAAACCAUGUUGGGGAUUUGGAGAAGUGGACAGAACAUCGGAGCGAGAGAAUCGCGAGCUUGAUGGAAAUGACGAGAAAGAUGAAUAACAAUCGGUUACCGAAGGCACAGAGAGAUGCCUUAGAGGAAAGCCAGUUCUGGAAGCCAAAUAAGGAGCGACCUGGAGAGGAGAUGAGGUGGCUCUAUGAGUAUGAUGUUGCGAAGGAGCUUCAUGGCUUGGGCCUUUAA